UUUUGUCAUCCACGUUUUUGGUUAUGCAAAUUAAGGUUGUACCUCUUGGAGCAGGUCAAGACGUUGGGAGAAGUUGUGUACUUGUAACUUUAAAUGGUAAAAAUAUUAUGUUUGAUUGCGGCAUGCAUAUGGGUUAUUCUGAUGAUAGAAGAUUUCCAGAUUUUAAUUACAUUUCCAAGACCAAGUCAAAAAUUAAUCAGCAUCUUGACGCUGUGAUAAUCACACAUUUCCACUUAGAUCACUGUGGUGCUCUGCCGUUUUUCACGGAAAUGAUUGGCUAUGAGGGGCCCAUCUACAUGACACAGCCAACCAAAGCGAUCGCUCCGAUACUCCUGGAAGAUUACAGGAGGAUAAUGACUUCACGAAAAGGAGUGGAAAACUUUUUCACCUCAGAAAUGAUUAAGCAGUCUAUGAAAAAAGUCCGAACCAUAAGACUUCACGAGACUGUUCAUGUCGAUGAUGAUUUGGAGAUUAAAGCUUACUAUGCCGGCCACGUGCUUGGAGCAGCCAUGUUUUUUGCUAGAGUGGGAGAUGCUUCCUGUGUCUAUACGGGCGACUACAACAUGACUCCUGACCGCCAUCUUGGGGCGGCGUGGAUUGACAAGUGCAGGCCGGACGUUCUGAUUUCCGAGUCGACGUAUGCCACAACUAUUCGUGAUUCAAAAAGAUGCCGAGAGCGCGACUUUUUAAAAAAAGUUUAUGACUGCAUUUCACAAGGCGGAAAAGUUUUAAUCCCCGUGUUUGCUCUGGGAAGAGCUCAGGAACUUUGUAUACUUCUCGAAACGUUUUGGGAAAGAAUGAAUUUGAAAGUCCCAAUCUAUUUUGCCGCGGGGUUAACUGAAAAAGCCACCAACUACUAUAAAAUGUUUAUCAAUUGGACCAAUGAGAAAAUCAAAAAGACGUUUUUGGAACGCAAUAUGUUUGACUUUAAGCACAUUACUUCCUUUGACCGGAGCAAUAUUAUGGCCCCUGGAGCUCAGGUUUUGUUUGCUACGCCAGGUAUGCUCCAUGCGGGCCUAUCUUUAGAAGUUUUUUGUAAAUGGUUGCACUCUCUCUCAAGUUCCUUUAACGAAGUUACUGUUAUGUAUAAUUAUUGUAACAGGGCUCCCGACUCCAACAACAUGGUAAUCAUGCCUGGCUAUUGCGUUGCUGGAACAGUUGGCCAUAAAGUGUUAUCCGGCCAAAAGAGGAUCGAGUGCGAUGGUCGCCUCAUAGACGUCCGGCUUUCCGUGGAGCACUUGUCCUUCAGCGCUCAUGCAGAUGCAAAGGGGAUAAUGCAAUUGAUAAGACUUGCCGAACCGAGGAAUGUUAUGCUUGUGCAUGGAGAAGCGGAAAAAAUGAAGUUUCUUCAGCAAAAAAUAACUCAUGAGUUGAAAAUUCCUUGCACUUUCCCGGAGAACGGACGAACAGUGGCAGUUGAGGGGGUCCAUGCAAUCCCCGUUCAGCUUUCGACGCUUUUACUGGAAGCGGCCACCCAGAAAAUGAUGAAGGAUAGAGAGAUGGCCCUCCGACUAAAGCGGGGCAGGACCGACCAGGCGCCGUAUAUAGAAUGGGACAAUUCCCAACUCCCCCAACUUACCGCUGAUAAGUGGACGACCUCUUUUAAUGGCGUGCUAGUCGCCAAUGAAAAUGAUACUACUAUGAAAGUGCUCGAUAUUUGCUCUGCCGUAGACGAACUUGGCUUACCUCGACAUGAAUUAAACUUUACUCUAAAGAUUCCCAACUAUCUGACUUGCUCGAAAUCUUCCGAAGAGCCUUCUGUUUUGCAUUCUCUUUAUAACCUUUUAAAGAGAAAAUUACCGAAAUGUCUUUCAGAUGAUCUUUGUUUCGAAAACGAUUGUCUGUGCUUGAGCUCUAUUACUAUUACUGCCGACUCUGCCCAGUUUACAUUGGACUGGAAUUACCAAGAUGAAAAAAAGUUCGAGGUCAUCUUAGACUUAAUGAGAAGACUGUAAACCAUUUAUAAAACCAUAC